UCCGACCCGUUGGAAAGAGAAGCACCUUCUAAAAUGGAGAUUCACCUUAAUGAUCAAAGCACACCCGUUGCCUCUAAAAGCACCUAUCAGCGGGUAGACCAAUAUGGAUUCGAGAGAUCAGAGGAACAUGAGUCCAAUGAGCAUUUAACGUUAACUGUUCUUACCAGAAGAUCAAAGAAGUGGUCUAAACUUUUGCAGGGCACUGGUAAUGUGGAGAAGACAAUGAAAGUGAAGCGGUAUGUGAGGAAGGGAGUUCCGUGUGAACAUCGGGCUCAGAUGUGGAUGGCAGCUAGUGGAGCCCAUGAUCAGAUGGGGAGAAAUCCAGGCCAUUAUCACUCUUUAUUAAACGCUCAACAUGAUCCUGAGGUAGAAGAUGCUGUACGUGCUGAUAUACACAGAACCUUCCCUGACAACACUCAGUUCCGUGACUCUUCCCAUCCAUGUUUACAAAAAGCCUUGUUUAAUGUACUUCUAGCAUAUGGACAUCACAAUAAGGAUGUUGGGUACUGUCAGGGAAUGAACUUUGUUGCUGGAUACCUCCUCAUUAUCACCAAAGAUGAGGAGAAGUCUUUCUGGUUAAUGGAUGCUUUACUUGGCAAGAUCCUGCCAGAUUAUUACACACGAAAUAUGCUGGGCCUUCAAAUGGAUCAAGAGGUGCUUGGAGAGCUUAUCAGGUUGAAAGUUCCUAACGUCUGGAAGGUUUUGAAUCAGCACAAUGUAAUGUGGACCCUGGUGGUCUCAAGAUGGUUCAUCUGCCUUUACAUCGACAUCCUUCCAGUCGAGACAGUGCUUAGAAUAUGGGACUGCCUGUUCUACGAGGGAUCCAAGAUCUUGUUCCGUGUGGCUUUGACACUAAUCCAUCACCACCAGAACCUCAUCUCUCAGGCUCAGAGUCUCCCGGAAAUAUGUGAACUAUUUAAACAGAUCACGCACGGAGUGUUUGUGGAGGACUGCCAUAGCUUCAUGCAGAAAAUCUUUAUGGAGCCAGGAGGUCUCUCUAUGGCAACAAUCAGUAAACUCAGGGAGGUGUGUAGAAAUCGCAUUAUAACUGCAAAGAAAAUCUGAUUCAGUAAACAUACAUCACUUGUAUGUAUAGUUCGAGACAGAUUUAGCUAAAUAUGACUAUUUGAGUUAAAAACUAUUAUUUAGAGUGUGGAAACAAUGUAAACCAAAAGUCAAUGCUUUGUGUAUGUUUAUGAAAAAUACAGUUUAUUAAGAGACCUUUUUUAGUUUUUCUGAAUUUACUAUUUAUAGGUAUGUGUUUAGGUAAAAUUAUCAUUUUUGUUUCAUUCUGUAAAAUACUAACAAUAUUGCUCCCAAAUUUCAAAUAAAAAGAUAGUUUCUAUUCACAUUUAUUUGCAGAAAAUGAAAACUGGAGAAACAGGUCAAAAUAACAGAAAAGAUGUUCUGUAUUUUUCAGACCUCAAAUACUGCAAAGAAAACAAGUUCAUAUUCACUUUUAAGAAAUACAACAGUAAUAUUUGUACACGUAUUUAGGAAAAAUUCAAAAACUACUUUAUUUAUGUGAUAACCUCGCAUUUUAUCAGUUUUCAUGCGUCUUGUCAUGCUGUCAGUAUUUCACAUUGCUGCUGGAUGAUUUUAUAUCACUCCUGAGGUUUGAUUUUGUUGAAAUUCAACAAGACACUGGACUGGAAUUGCCACAAUACAUCUAGAAAUGCUGAUUAAAUAAAAAUGUGGAAUGGUCUCUUAAUUUUCCACAGCUGUAUUUGUAAAGAUAAAGGUCAA